AUGCCUCGACUGCAACUUCGCUCAAAGUUGUCAACAGUGUACAACUAUAUACUGGAUAGUCUCAAUUUCUAUCGUAUUCAUUUGCUAUGCUUCACCUUCAUACCCCUCAUCCUGUCCGGGAUCGUGUAUGGCAUCUCGACCGCCUACCCCAUCGCGUUCAUUGACUGCCUUUUCGUCUGCGUUUCGGCUAUGACCGUCACCGGACUGGUCACCAUCAAUCUGAGCACCCUAUCGACCCUACAGCAGGUGUUUCUGUUCUUCCUGAUGAACAUUGGCGGCCUGGCGUUUGUGUCAAUCCUGAUGAUUGUCGCGCGUCUGCACUUCUUCCGCCAGAAGUUCAGGCACGUCAUCGAGGAGCAACGGCGGAGGGACUCCAAACGAGGAACAGGCUUCAACCUAUCCCGAACACUGUCCCGCGUCAAUCCGACUGAGGGGAUGAAGGAGGUCAAGCGGAGGAUGAGCUCAAGCCUUAGGAUGGGAAACAAGGUCGACUCCCCGACGGGCGAAGGACCGAGUACCAGCAUCGGCUACACGCCCGCCGGAGAUGGCUCUUCCACGCACUCAUCUGUCGAGCUCAAGUCCGUCCAACCCUCGUCAUCCAAGAAGACCAUGGCUAGCGGAAAGAUUGAAAAGGUCAUGAUCAGGCGGGUCGAUGGAGGGGGGUCCGGCGUACUCAACCACAUGGGCGAAUACGGAUCCAGCUCGAACGACAUCCCCGGGGAGACGCCCGCGGCCAUGACCGACCUUGAUCCGUCCACCGCUACCUCGAACAAAGCCUCUUACACUGGUCAGACGGAUCUUCAACGGACGGCCACAGGUCGCUCGCACGCCUCUGCUCUUGCUCGAACCCACUCACUUCGCCGCGACACCAGUGGAAGUGAGCCGGACUACAAGACGACCGGAUUCGGUGGGUUCCCCACUCCAUACGAAAUCGGCAAGCGCAUCUUCUACAAGGCUUUCCCCCGGCGAGCCGAGGCGCUGGAGCGGAGCAUGACGAUGCCCCGGACGACUACUGUCGGAAGUAGGGGAGCGGCGGGCGCUGAGUCGAGCCGGGGCGUUGACAAGGAGGUGGACUACCUCACCUUCACUGCGAGGAUCGGGAGGAACUCGAGGUUCCAGGGUCUCACCUCUGAGCAGAUCGAGGAGCUCGGAGGGGUAGAGUACAGGGCGCUGAAGCUUCUCCUCCGCAUCGUCAUCUGCUACUGGGCUUUCCUCCAGCUCUCAGCCUUUAUCAUCAUCGCUCCUUACAUUUCGGCCGGAGAUCGGUAUCAAUAUGUCUUUGACGCGCAACCCAACACGAUGAACAUCUGGUUCUUCUCCAUCUUCCAGUCCGUUUCGGCGUUCACCAAUACCGGUAUGAGUAUGGCCGACCUCAGUCUGAUCCCCUUCCAGGACGCUCAUCUUAUGAAUCUCUGUGAGUGUACGCGCUACUUUCUCAUCUUCAGCCUUCGCUUGACAGUGUGGACGUUCUACAAGAUGGUGCCCAAGAACUCUCGCACCCGCGAGUCGCUUAAGUUCUUGCUGGAUCACCCGAGACGAUGCUUUGUCUACAUGUUCCCGUCCACGCAGACCUAUGUUCUGGCUAUGGUGAUGGCAAGCUUGUACUUCUUCGAUUUCUUCUUCUUCUUGGUACUGGAUAUCGGUACCCCUGCGAUCGACGACAUCCCGGUCGGAACCAGAAUCUCAGCAGCACUCGUCCAGUCCGCCGCAGUCCGAACAGCCGGCUUUGCUAUCGUCCCGCUCGCCGCUUUGGCUCCAGCUGUCAAGUUGAUGUAUGUCAUCAUGAUGUACAUCGCCGCCUUCCCCAUCGCCAUCUCUGUCCGCGCUACGAAUGUCUACGAGGAGAGGAGUCUGGGUGUGUAUGGCGAGGAGGACAAUGUCGAGCACAAGGGAUACAACGAGAAGGGUGUCCAGGCUGUGGCUAAAUAUGUUGGGUGGCACGCCAGACGACAACUCGCAUUCGAUAUGUGGUGGCUCGCCUUGGCACUCUGGCUGGUCUGCAUCAUCGAGCGCGGAAACUUGGUCAACCCCGAGAACUCUGGCUGGUUCAAUAUUUUCAACGUCAUCUUCGAGCUUGUCAGCGCAUACGGGACGGUCGGUCUUAGUCUGGGCAUACCGACUGAUAACUACUCAUUCUGCGGCUCCUGGUCUACACUCAGCAAGCUGGUCGUCAUACUCGUCAUGAUCCGAGGCCGUCAUCGUGGUCUUCCGAUCGCCAUCGACCGAGCCAUCAUGCUGCCGAAUGACUAUACGGUCGAGGAAGAGGAAGCGCUGGAGGAGGAACGCGAUCGACGAUCUCGACGCGGAUCGGCCAUCGCCCGUUCUUCCUCGCAGGAUCGCGCUGGCCAAAGUCUCUCCGAGCAGGCCAGGGGGAAUGCGAAAGCGGGGCCGGGGACCAUGCGCACCAUUGGCGAGAAUGCGUAUAGCAGGGAGACUACCAUGAUUAGUAGCACUGCGACCAGCUAG